AUGUAUUUACUCCUGUUCGUCUCCGUUCUUGGGACGGCGUUGAGUGUCCCUGUGAGCGACGCGGUCGCAGAGAGGAACGUGAACUACGAGCACUACGUGCUGCCCGGCGAGUCCUACCCGACGUUCUACGACGUGAGGCUGUACAUGAACCCGGACGCACCCGCCUCGUUCAACGGGAGCGUCUCCAUCAGGGUCAUCCCCGUUAGGAACACGACCGGAAUAGUCCUGCAGGCGAUGGAGAUGCAGAUAAACAGAGUGAGCGUUUUCCUCGAAAGCAGCCCACAGCUGAACAUCUACCAGAGCCACACGCUGGCCACGGACGAUACCCAUUUUCUUACUAUAAGGACCACCACGCCGUACGUCGCAAACCAGGCGUAUUUGGUAAAUAUCGAUUACGUUGGUAGAUACGCUGAAAACAUGUUCGGCAUUUACGUCUCUACUUACGAAGAGCCAGGUGUUGGAACGCAGCGUCUUAUUACAUCCCAGUUGCAACCUACUUUCGCACGACGAGCCUUCCCGUGUUACGACGAACCUGCCUAUAAAGCUGUAUUCAGAACAACUAUCUACUCCCCACCCGAGUACGACGUAGUAAGGAGCAAUAUGCCAGAGAGGAGCGACCUUCUGAAGCCUGAGGUGCAGGGCUUCCGCAAACACGAAUUCCAGGACACGCUUGUCAUGUCGACGUACCUUAUUGCUUACUUGGUCUCCAAGUUCGAGUAUGUCACCAACGAACAAAGACCGCUCUACAAUGUACCGUUCAGAGUCUACUCUAGACCUGGAACCCAAAACACGGCAGCAUUCGCCCUAGACUUCGGCCAGAGAAACAUGAUAGCACUUGAGAACUAUACAGAGUUCACAUAUGCCUUCCCCAAGAUGGAUAAGGCAGCGGUCCCAGAUUUUGCUGCUGGUGCCAUGGAGAACUGGGGACUUGUAAUUUACAGGGAAGUCGCUCUUCUUGUACGUGAUGGCAUUACGACGACAGCUACGAAGCAAAACAUUGGCAGAAUCAUUUGCCACGAAAAUGUUCACAUGUGGUUCGGCAAUGAAGUGAGCCCCAUUAACUGGACGUACACGUGGCUGAACGAAGGCUUUGCUAAUUUCUUUGAGAAUUUCGCUACGGACUUGGUGCUACCGGAAUGGCGAAUGAUGGAUCAGUUCGUGCUGCUAUUACAAAAUGUCUUCCAAAACGACGCCGUGCUGAGCGUCAAUCCAAUGACCCAUCCCGUCUUCACUCCUUCCCAAGUCCUCGGCACUUUCAAUGCGGUUGCGUACCAAAAAUCUGGCUCUGUGAUUCGUAUGAUGCAGCAUUUCCUAACGCCUGAAAUAUUCCGCAGAGGUCUCAUCAUCUACUUGCGGAGGAACUCUCGUCGUGCAGUCGGCCCUCAAGACCUUUACACUGCACUGCAGCAGGCGUUAGAUGAAUCACCACACAGUAUUCCUUUCCCACUGACUACCGUCCUAGAUCGCUGGACGAACCAAGGAGGCUUCCCCGUCUUAAAUGUUAGGAGAUCAGCACCAAGCGCACAAUCUAUAUUCAUUUCACAGGAACGUUUCCUGACCAACCGUCAAUUGAACUCGACACACCGUUGGCACGUGCCAAUCAACUGGGUGCUUUCAACCAAUGCUGACUUCUCAGACACCAGCCCCCAGGCCUGGGUGCCACCGUCUUUCCCCGCGGUAGCAGUUGAUAUACCUGGACUAUCCAACGCUAGCUGGUAUAUCGUCAACAAACAGCAAACUGGUUACUACCGGGUGAACUAUGACGUUGAAAAUUGGCAAGCGCUGGCGAGAGUCCUAAACACAAGCCAUCAAACCAUCCACGUUCUCAACCGAGCUCAAAUUGUGGAUGAUUCUUUCAAUCUGGCGAGGAACGAAAGACUUAACUACAAUUACGCCUUCGAGAUUUCGCGUUAUUUGGUCCUCGAGUCCGAUUACAUCCCAUGGGCUUCAGCGAACACCGCCUUUAACUAUCUCGACGUUGUCCUCAGCGGCUCAGAGGCUUACGAGUUGUUCCAGUUGUAUAUGCUGCACCUUUCUGCACCCUUGUACGAACGAUUGGGCUUUGAAGCUCAAACUUCCGACGAACAUGUGACCGCCUACCACAGGAAUAUCAUUUUGGACAUCAAUUGCCGACAUGGCAAUGCGCACUGUGUCAAUAGAGCUCAGGAACUGCUUGAACGGUUCAGGAACAACCCAUCCCAACGACUCAACCCCGACAUUCAGACUACUGUGUUCUGCUCUGGACUGCGUGGUGGCGAUGUAAACAACUUCAACUUCCUCUGGGAACAAUACUUAGCUAGCACUGACUCCAGCGAGCAGUCAAUCCUGCUGAACGCCCUGGGGUGCACUUCGAACGAGGAACGGCGCAACUUCUACCUCAAUGAGGUCAUCAGUGAUCGUUCAUCUGUACGUGAACAAGAUCGACACACGAUCAUUGUCGCCGUAAUAAAUUCAAGUCCAGAGAACAUGGAGGUGGCAUUAGACUUUGUCAUAGAAAACUUCGCUGAAAUCCAGCCAAGAGUACAAGGUUUAACCGGUACAACCAAUAUCCUGAAUGCUUUCGCCAGACGAUUAACUACUCGUCAACAUUCUACAAAGAUUGACACAUUCUUCAACCGUCAUCAAUCGAUCUUCACCGCCGGCGAACUUGCCGCUAUAGCCGCUAUCAGGGAGAACAUAGCGGCGUCUAUUGCUUGGAGUGAACAGAACUACAACACAGUCAACUCAUGGCUGAUCGAAAACUUCCGAAGUGGCGCGAACGCUUUGACUUGCAGCCUACUUGUUUUUAUCUCCAUAUUUGUUUCCAUAUACGUA